AUGCAGGUUGUCAUUAAUGCUGCACUCUACUUGAGGCUUAGAAAAGGUCCAGAUUCACAGGAGGGCUUUAAAGAAUAUAAGAAAAUUAUGGAUAUGACUAAAUUAACUGAAGAAAAGAUUAAACGGUUGAAGGCUAGAUCAAACCGUUUGAUUAGUCGAAUGGAGCAAAUUGAACCAUAUGGUUGGAAAGAAUUUCUGCAGAUCAGCAAUGUUAUACAUGAAACUAGGGCAUUGUAUAUCAAUUCGCACGUAAUAUUUCCUCUUGGUGAAACUGCUGCUGCAAUUCAAGGAGAAAAUGAACUUCGGCUUGCAAUGGUUCUUCGGAAUAAAAUCUUACUAGAUCUAAAGCCUCCACAGCUUGCUGCUGUCUAUGGAAGUCUAGUUUCUGAAGGGAUUAAAGUUCGGCCUUGGAAGAAUAACAAGCAUGGUUCAAAUUUUCCUGACGUGUGGACCUGUCCUUUUCUGGCGAGUGAGCUGAGAAGACGUCAUUUUGGUUGUAACAAGGGACUCAUGAUGUGA